AUGGCUGCCACCGAGAACUUUGUGAUCAAGCCGGAGGCUACCACUCCAGCUAUUGACUGGAGCCAGACCCCGCUGCUGCUGCGCAACUAUGACAAGUUGCUCGUCCGAACUGGUCACUUCACCCCCAUUGACCAUGGCUGCUCGCCCAUGAACCGCGACCUCAAGUCGUACAUCAGCUCCGGUAUCAUCAACCUGGACAAGCCCUCCAACCCCUCCAGUCACGAAGUUGUCGCCUGGGUCAAGAGAAUUCUCCGUGUUGAAAAGACUGGUCACUCGGGUACCCUCGAUCCCAAGGUCACCGGUUGUUUGAUUGUCUGUAUCGACCGUGCCACCCGCCUUGUCAAGUCCCAACAAGGUGCUGGAAAGGAGUAUGUUGCCGUCAUUCGGCUCCACGACAAGUUGCCCGGCGGCCAGGCUCAAUUCGCCCGUGCCCUCGAGACCUUGACCGGUGCCCUCUUCCAGCGCCCUCCUCUGAUUUCCGCCGUCAAGCGUCAACUGCGUAUCCGUACCAUUCACGAGAGCAAAUUGAUUGAGUUUGACAACGACCGUCACCUCGGUGUCUUCUGGGUCAGCUGUGAGGCUGGAACCUAUAUCCGAACCCUCUGCGUUCACUUGGGUCUCCUGCUCGGUGUUGGUGGACACAUGCAGGAACUGCGCCGUGUGCGCAGUGGUGCCAUGGACGAGACAAAGGAUCUCGUCACCCUGCACGAUGUCUUGGAUGCCCAGUACAUGCUCGACAACCAGCGCAACGAGGCCUAUCUCAGAAAGAUCAUUCAGCCCCUCGAGACUCUGCUCGUGGGCUACAAGCGGAUUGUUGUGAAGGACAGCACUGUCAAUGCUAUCUGCUACGGUGCCAAACUCAUGCUCCCAGGUCUACUUAGAUAUGAGGCCAACAUUGAUGUGCACGAGGAAGUCGUUCUGAUCACAACCAAGGGUGAGGCUAUUGCCAUCGGUAUCGCUCAGAUGAGCACUGUUGAGAUGAGCACAUGCGACCACGGUGUCGUUGCCAAGGUGAAGCGAUGCAUCAUGGAGCGCGACCUGUACCCGAGACGCUGGGGACUCGGUCCCACUGCCGGAGAGAAGAAGAAGCUCAAGGCUUCAGGCAAGCUGGACAAGUUUGGUCGACCCAACGAGGCAACUCCUGCAACUUGGACCGCAUCCUACAAGGACUACGGCGCCCCUGCUGGCGAGACCACAGAGACUGCUCCUGCUGCCGACGUGACCAUGUCGGAAGCACCUGCUGCCGCCGCCCAGGCCCCCAUCCCUGCUGCAGACAGCGAGGACAAGAGCACCGCGGAUGAUGACAAGAAGAAGCGCAAGAAGCACGACGGCGAGACUGCCGAGGAGAAGGCUGAGCGCAAGCGGUUGAAGGCCGAGAAGAAGGCGGCAAAGAAGGCCAAGCGUGCUUCAAUGGCAUCGGCAGCCGACUCGGAUGAUUCUGAUUAA